CGCAGUUCUCGAAGAGAGCAGGGCGCCGCUUACUCCCGGAGGGUUAAAAUAAUUUUAAGAAAAGUUUUCCCCUGUUUUCCAAUUUUUUGAGGAACCUAGAUACUGGGUUUAAAAGCUGCUAUACUUCUGCUCAAAGAUGAAGUAUAUUCUGGUUACCGGUGGCGUUAUUAGUGGGAUCGGAAAAGGUGUUAUCUCUAGCAGCAUCGGAGCUCUAUUAAAAGGAUGUGGACUGCACGUUACUUCAAUUAAAAUCGAUCCUUACCUGAACAUCGACGCUGGGACAUUCUCUCCUUACGAGCAUGGGGAAGUGUUUGUUUUGGAUGAUGGAGGUGAAGUAGAUUUAGACCUUGGGAACUAUGAAAGGUUCCUUGAUGUGACUCUUCACCGGAGCAACAACAUAACAACUGGUAAAAUAUAUCAGAGUGUGAUUGAUAAAGAGAGACGAGGGGAUUACCUGGGUAAAACUGUUCAAGUGGUCCCUCAUAUCACUGAUGCUAUUCAAGACUGGGUAACAAAGGUGUCCGCUGAACCUGUUGAGAAGGAUAUCAAGGCUGAUGUUUGUCUUAUUGAGCUUGGAGGGACAAUUGGUGACAUCGAGGGUAUGCCUUAUAUUGAAGCUUUCCGUCAGUUCCAGUUUAGAGUUGGAAGAGACAAUUUUUGUGUGGUCCAUGUCAGUUUGGUGCCUGAGCCUGAUUCUACAGGUGAGCAGAAGACAAAGCCUACACAAAACAGUGUGCGGGAACUGCGUGGUUUAGGCCUGAGUCCUGAUCUGAUUAUGUGUAGAUGCAAGAAUACAGUGACAAACUCUGUCAAGCAGAAGGUGUCUUUGUUCUGCCAUGUCCCUCCAGAGCAGGUGAUAGAUGUCCACGACUGCAAAUCCAUUUACAGAGUUCCCGUGUUGUUAUCAAACCAAGGAAUUGUUUCAUUUUUUUCCAAAAGGCUUCAAUUGGAAAUCAAGUCGCGUAAACCAAGACAUUUUAUAGUGCAAUGGAGAGAAUUAGCAGAGAGAGACGAGCGACUCCUGGAUGAAGUUAAGAUUGCUCUUGUUGGAAAGUACACAAAGCUAGAAGAUGCAUAUAUUUCUGUUCUAAAAGCUCUGAAACAUGCAUCCCUCCAUUGUAACAGGCGUCUUCAAGUUGUGUGGGUAGAGUCUGAAAAUCUUGAGAAGGAGGUUCAAGAGAGAGAUCCAGUGAAAUACCAUGAAGCUUGGCAAAGGUUGUGUGGAUGCGACGGUAUAUUGGUACCAGGAGGAUUUGGAAAAAGAGGCACAGAGGGGAAAAUAGCAGCAGCUGAAUGGGCAAGAAAGAUGAAGAAACCUUACCUAGGUGUUUGCUAUGGACUGCAAUUAGCUGUCAUUGAAUUCGCCAGAAACAUUCUAGGAUUGAAAGAUGCAAACUCCACAGAAAAUGAACCAGAUACCAAAAAUCCAGUGGUUAUUGAAAUGCCUGAGCACAACCCAGGUCAGCUUGGAGGGACUAUGAGGCUUGGAAGACGGCGCACUGUGUUUUCAAAGGUGCAUGAGAGUAUAACAAGAAAGCUUUACAAGAAUGCAGAGUUUGUAGAAGAGAGACAUAGGCACAGAUAUGAGGUUAAUCCAGAAUAUGUAAGUCAAUUUGAGGAAAAGGGAAUGGAAUUUGUUGGCCGAGAUGUGGAAGGUAAACGAAUGGAAAUCAUGGAGAUCAAAGACCAUCCCUAUUUUGUUGGAGUCCAGUAUCACCCAGAAUACAUAAGUCGACCAAUCAGACCGUCCCCUCCCUACUUGGGAUUGAUUUUGGCAGCCAUAGGAAAACUCACCCCAUAUAUUGCCAGAGGAUGUCGCUUGUCACCAAGAUGCAGCAUCAGUGAAGAUGAGGAUGAGGAUGAGGAAUUGGCAAACAUGGCAACAGAAAAACUCCCAGAUUUCAAUGUUUAGGUGAAGAGAAGAAAAUUCCUUAAGUGUUACUCUUUUUAUCAUUGGAAACUGAUGUCUUUGUACUAAAGCUAUUAGGCUUUACAAUGGUGCAGAUUUAUGUCCUUAAUACAAUGUACAUGUGGUAGGAAAAAUAAGGAUAUCCCAUACUGAUAGCAUCAUCAUAAUGCGUAUUGUAUCUAAAGUUUAAGUUGAACAGUGUACAAUAUUUUAUAACAACUCUCUACAGCUCUGUGUUGUGAUUUAAUUUUAUCCUUGGUUCCAUUUUUACUUGCUUGUUAAAAUACUCAAGUGAUAAAAAUUAUCGUAGUGUAAAAGGAGAGAAAACAAAGAAUGCUGUUAUUACACCAAGGAUGAAGGUUAACCACAUCACAAACAGUGUUGCUAUAUUUCCUCUGACUUUUGGGAUCAUGUAUCCACAUACAGAAGGUCCUUCAUACUUACCAGUAUUU